AUCACAGACCUACUAUAAUACUAAAUCUAUGAUCCCGAUACACUCUUUGCAUUCCGUUGUCAAAGACGUCAAUGUCACCUAUCAAAUUCAAUAUCAAUGAUGAUUGGUGCACUUCCAAGGUGCCGAUCAAGAUAGAAAUUUUAUCAAAAUCUUAUUAGGUACAUACUACAGUAAAAUCAUUGAUUUAAAAAAACUACGCUUCAUCUGUAGAAAUUUAUAACAAAUGGCAUUAAAUAAGUAUAUGCACCCUCGCAACAUUUACAAAACCCCUCCUGAUUUCGGAAAAUUAUCAUUAAUUUACCCAGAAUUUGCAGCCAUAUCUAAAUCGGAUAUAACUGGUAAAGUAGGAAUUGACUUCAAAGACCCACACUCACUCAGAGUCCUUACUAAAUGCCUUCUCAAAUCGGAUUUUAAUCUUGAAGUGGAUAUUCCUGCUGACAGAUUGGUUCCAACACUACCUUUAAGACUUAACUAUAUUUUAUGGAUUGAAGAUUUAAUGGAAGUUACACAUAGAAAGGAGAAUAUCGUAGGGUUAGACAUUGGAACUGGAGCAUGUGCUAUUUACCCUCUGUUAGGGGCUGUCAAAAAUAAAUGGAAAUUUGUUGGAACAGAAAGUGACGCAGAAAGUUUUACUAACGCUGAAGAAAAUGUUCAAAGAAAUAAUUUGCAAGAACUUAUAAAAUUAACAAAAAACUCUACUAAAUUUAUUAUUUCUCAUCUAUUUACAAAUGAUGACAAGGAACAGUUUGAUUUCUGCAUGUGCAAUCCACCUUUCUAUAGUAAUUUGCAAGAAUUGUGUGAAUCACGGAGCCCAGCAAGAUUGCCUCCAAAGAAUGGGUUUACAGGAUCUCCACAGGAGUUAAUCACAGAAGGAGGGGAGCUAGAAUUUUGUAGACAGCUCAUUAGAGAGAGUAAACAAUACAGGGAUAGAAUAGUAAUAUUUACUACAAUGGUGGGUCACAAAUACAAUUUAAGUGUAUUAUUACAAGACUUAAAGUCAGAAGGAAUUAGACACACUCAUGCUGAGUUCUGUCAAGGUCGGGUAACUAGAUGGGGACUAGCUUGGACAUAUCAACAGUAUGAUUUAUAUGAAUUAGUACCUCCAAGAGGAAAACCAAGGAAGAAACAUAAACCAACAAUUUUCUUAUUGCCUGAAUUACCUAGUUGUGAAGGUAGUUUUGAAGUAGCCCUAAGUAAAAUAAAAGGGAUGCUUGACAUUUUAUGUAUUCAACACAAAAUACUUGAUAAGAGAGGAGGCAAUAUCACAUUAGAUAUUGUAGCAUCGAAUAACACUUGGUCCAAUCAAAGACGAAAAAGAAGACUCCAAAAUAGAACGGAAACUGAUGCUAAAGUGCCAAAAUUACACAUAGAACAAGAUAGUACUAUACCUAAUCCAAUAAACAAUCAAGUAGGUGGUGAGUCAAAACUUGAAGUUUCAGAACCAUCAAAAUCAUUAAACAUUGAUGAUAAUAUUACCAAUGGAAGUGAAAUAAGAGAAAGUAAACAAGAUACAAGUUCAGUCGACUCUGCAAAUAAAACUGAGCCUCUAGUACAUGCCUUUUUGAAAUUAGUGAAGAAACUUGAUAAUAUCCUCCUAGAAUUAGAGUUUCUUGAUGGCUGUGCUGGAAAGGAAGGCUUACAUCAAAUAGCACAAUAUAUUAAAAACAAUUGGAAAUAAUAUGUGUUUUAUUACAGAUAUUCUUCCUAGUUCAUAGGCUCACCCCCUAUUACAUGGGACUCAUGACAUAAAUAGUGAAAAGUGGGUGUUACAUUGCCUCUGCCUCUGCCUACCCCAUCGGGGAUAAAAAGUGUGAAGUUAUGCUAUGUUAUUCUUCCUUGUUUGCCGCUGAUUUCAUCCUGUAAUAUAAUUAAAACCAGAUAAACACAUCUGGUUAAUCAAUCGGUUAUUAAUUGCUAGAUGUUGUUA